AUGGCUUCCAAUUCGUCUGACAUACCUUCACUUAAGAACAUUGAAGUUGUUGCUGGAAAAGUCAAUCCACCGUCAGAGGUAUCAAAAUUGACAGUUGAUCCUAAUGAUUCCAAUUCGUCUGACAUACCUUCACCUAAGAACUUUGAAGAUGUUGAUGGAAAAGUCAAUCCACUAUCAGAGGUAUCACAAUCGACAUUUUAUCAUAAUGAUUGCAAUUCGUCUGACAUCUGUUCACCUAAGAAAUUUGAAGAUUUUGAUGGAAAAGUUAAUCCACAAUCAGAGGUAUCAAAAUUGACAUGUCACUCUGAUUAUGAGAGUGUUGAUAUAAUCGACUUUAGUGUUCACUUCAGUCCCUACAAAUCUCAGUUGGAGAGGGUGAUUUCGGAAGAGGUUUCUUUAAUUGCCAAAGAAGAAGAGAAGCUGUCAAGAAAAGAAAAAAGGAAGUUGGCUUUGUUAUGUUGGAAGUGGGAAGAAGUUGUAGAUCUAUGUGAAGAUGAAGAGUUGGGUGUGGAUCUACCAUUCAUACCACUGAAAAAGAAAGUGAAAGUUUCCAUUCAAUGUCGAAAUCGAGUCAUGAAACUUUUUGAUGAAUCAGAUGUUGAUGAGUGA